GUUCUCAACAGGAAGAAUUGCCACGUACGCCUAAAUCACCAGAAGCAAUUUCUGAAGUAGACAUGCGUCUUCCACCCUCUCUCAAACCACUCCGCUACCUAAUACGACUUCAGCCUUUCGUUAAUGGCAAUUUCAGCAUCUUCGGCUUCAUGGAGGUGGAAAUGGAGGUCCUGGAGACGACCUCCAACAUCACACUCCAUAUGCUCGAUAUUAUCACGAAGAAUGACACAGUCAAGGUGUUGGCUUCGGGAGGCUUGGAACAGCGACAGGUUGAAAUUAAGAGUCAGCAUUAUGACCCUGUCCGUCAAUUCUAUGUCGCUCAAAUGGAGGAAAAGCUUAUGAAAGGGAAGAGGUACACUCUGCAAAUGGAGUUCCUUGCUUAUCUCAACGACCAGCUUUAUGGCUUCUACAGGUCGACCUAUAAAGAUGUUGACGGGAAUACAAAGUAUUUAGCUGUGACCCAGUUCCAGUCCACGCACGCCCGCCGCGCCUUCCCGUGCUUCGACGAGCCAUCCCUGAAGGCGACCUUCGAGAUCCACCUGGCGAGGGAGACCUGGAUGACGUCGUUCUCCAACAUGCCCCUCGCCGAGACGAGACCUGUGAAAGGUCAGAAGGGCUGGGUGUGGGACCGCUUCGAGAGGAGUGUCCCCAUGUCCACCUACCUCGUGGCCUUCGUAGUGUCGGACUUUUCCUACAUCCCCUCCACCAGUGGCGAGGGCAUUCUCUUUCGAGUGUGGGCGCAGUCGUCGGCCAUUCGGCAAGCGGAAUAUGCUAGUCAACUCGGCUCAAAGAUUUUGUCAUUCUAUGAGACAUACUUCAAUGUGUCUUACCCGCUCCCGAAAAUGGACAUGGUGGCGGUGCCGGACUUUGGAGGGCAAGGCAUGGAAAACUGGGGUCUGAUUACGUUCAAAGACAGGGCAGUGCUGUACGAUCCUGACGUGACCUCCGCAAAGUCCAAGGAGAGCUUGGUCGACGUCGUGGCCCACGAGCUGGCGCACCAGUGGUUCGGCAACCUGGUGACGCCCAAGUGGUGGGACGACCUCUGGCUCAACGAGGGAUUCGCGACCUUCAUGGCUUUCGUCGGGAGUUCUCAUGCAGAGCCAUCGUGGAAGAAAAUGGAAAAAUUCACCACCGAAAAACUCCAAAAAAUUUUUGAGACUGACAGCCUCGAGUCCUCUCACCAGAUCAGCCUCCCAGUUAACGACGCCAGCGACAUCUCGGAAAUUUUCGACGGAAUCGAGUACAGCAAAGGUAGCCAAGGCGCAACCCUUUCCUUCUGCUUGCAAGUUGUACAUCUGAAAAAACUGCCAUUAUUUAAGGAUUUAAGGAUUUAA